CACUGGGCCAAAGUCAAGAUGUUGGCAGAAGCACACACCCUCCACAGGCUCUAGAUGGCAGUUCCUGGAUUUACCCUUGGUGCCUUCAUACUUCUGUUGCUCGUUAGUUCUGUGGCUAAUUAUCCCAAUGGAAAAGUAAUGAAGUCAUGCCAUGGAAUGAUUCCUGAACAUGGUCGUACCCCACAGUCUGAUCCCCCUUGCUACAUCUCAGUGAGUCAGAUGACAUUCAGGCCAGGAGAGCAGAUCAAAGUUACUUUGUCAGGGCCACCAUUUAAAGGCUUUCUCUUAGAAGCACGUGAUGAGAAUUUGACUGGCCCUCCUAUUGGCUCCUUCACAUUGAUUGACAGUCAAGUGUCACAGCUUCUGAACUGUGAAGAUAUACAGGGAUCAGCUGUGAGUCACACAAGUCCAUCCAAUAAAAGAGAAAUUAAAGUCUAUUGGAAUGCUCCAAGCAGUGCCCCAAACCACAUAAAGUUUCUAGCCACAGUUGUUGAGAAGUACAAUAUCUACUGGGUGAUGAUUCCUGGUCCUAUAAUUUCACAACCAAACGUCCUUCCUUUUACAACACCGAAAGCUACCAUAGCACCUAUGCCAACAUUGCCUCCAGUCUCCCAUUUAACGAAAUCAUUCAAUGCUUCAGAUUGUGGGAACAAGAAGUUCUGUAUUAGGAGUCCUUUGAACUGUGACCCGGAGAAAGAGCUUGCCUGUGUCUUCUUGUCCUUCACACGAGAUGCCAAGUCAGUGAUGGUUGAAAUGAGCGGUCCCAGUAAAGGCUAUUUAUCCUUUGCAUUUUCUCACGACCAAUGGAUGGGUGAUGAUGAUGCUUAUGUGUGUAUUCUUGAAGAUCAGACUGUGCACAUACAACCUUCCCAUCUGACAGGGCGAAGUCACCCUGUAAUGGACUCCAGGGAUCCUCUUGAGGAUAUGGCUUGGAGGUUGGCGGAUGGUGUUAUGCAGUGUUCUUUCAGAAGAAACAUUACCUUUCCUGGGGUUAAGAAUAGAUUUGAUCUAAAUGCAAGCUACUACAUAUUUCUAGCAGAUGGUGCAGCUGAUCAUGGUCAGAUUCAUAAGCAUUCUCAGCAACCUUUGAUUACAUAUGACAAAUACAAUGUGACAGGCUAUCCAGAGAACAUAGGAGGAUCCCAUUCUUUACUUCUUCUGAAGGUCCAUGGUGCCUUAAUGUUUGUGGCAUGGAUGACUACAGUUAGCGUAGGUGUACUGAUUGCCCGGUUCUUCAAACCUGUUUGGUUAAAGCCUUUAUUUGGUGAUGCAGCUUGGUUUCAGGUACAUCGAAUGCUCAUGCUUACUACUUCUGCCCUCACUUUCAUUGCUUUUCUUCUGCCUUUUAUUUACAGAGGAGGCUGGAAUUGGCAUGCAGGUUAUCACCCAUACCUUGGUUGUAUAGUGAUGAUUUUAGCAGUUCUUCAGCUUCUUUUGGCAGCCUUCAGACCACCUUUACAUGACCCAAGAAGGCAAAUGUUUAAGUGGACUCAUUGGAGUAUGGGAACAGCUGCUAGAAUAAUAGCAGUGGCAACAAUGUUCCUGGGAAUGGAUUUACCAGGAUUGAAUCUUCCUGGGCCAUGGAAAACCUAUGCAAUGAUUGGAUUUGUAGCCUGGCAUGUUGGGACAGAGAUUGUUCUGGAGGUACACACUUACCGACUCUCUAGAAAAGAUGAAAUAUUGGAUGAUGAUAGAAUUCAGAUCCUCCAGUCAUUUACUGCAGCUGAAGCAGAAGGUUAUGCUUUUAAAAAGGCGGUGUUAGCAAUCUAUGUCUGUGGGAAUUUGACUUUUCUCACUAUGUUCUUAUCUGCAAUCAACCAUCUAUGAGCGAGCGAAGACCUUGGCUUUUGCAGACCAGGUGAUAAUUAUCAUCAAGCCAAAAAACUUGAUGCCUGUAUCGACUGGAGUGUAUUCAUGACUUCUAAUUAGGAAGACCAGGCCAUGUCUGUAGAGAAAUUCGGAAGUCUGGUCUUUAGAGAUCAACAUUCACUAGGGUCCUAUGGGCUACAAACUGAUGUCAAGCUUUCACAUAUUAUUCUGAGUCUUAAAGGGAAGAUUGUACUUGAGGAGAAAUGACUCAAAUAUUUUUUAUGCUGAAGUUUUAAGAAUGUUAGCAUGUAAGAAAAUAACUGUUUGGAAAAACAUAAAAGAUGUCAUAGGAUAAAAUACAGAUAGUAUUAAGGUAAAUAUAUUUUGGACUAUAAAGGUGCUGUGGUACUUUAAAGAAAACAUUUAUUUUUACUAGUUUAUCUGAAUGGUCUUUUUUUAGGAUUUUUUUCCCCUUACCCCCUUUCUUAAAAAUUUUUUGGAAACACGUUUUUCAGUCCAGUGUUUUGGACAUAUCCUUUGUUUCAUGUAUUUUGUUACUUCCCUGGUAAAGGUGAAAGUAGGGCUAACACCAUUUCAUUAACAUUUAAAUAUAUUAUUAAUAUUAUAAUUUCUUUCUUAGCAGUGAAAUGCAAGUGUGCAUUUUCUGAUUAAGAGUGUCUAUAUAUUCAGCUACAGAGCUAAAAUGGCAUUCUAUAUGCUAAUUGUUUUGACUCUGAGGUUGUCUUAGCCUUUGGAGAUUGUAGACUUGCAUUUCAAAAUUAAUAAAAUUCACUCUUGUGAACAUAUUUAAGAGUUAUUCUUUGUCCUUGUGGUACUAAAAUAAUAUGGGUGGUACUGUUUUGUUAGAAGAUCCUGAUGCUAUAAUGAAUUAGAAUUAUCAAUGUUAUUUCCCUUCCGGUUCCAAUAAUUUCUAUUUUAUGACUGGGUCUCAUGUUUGCUAUGAGGACUUCUAGCCAGUGGGUGGCGCCAUAAUACUACUGCUUUGUUACUGUUCACUUGUGCUGAUUCAUUUUUAGUACUUAGAUAAUAUCUUGGGAUGGCAUUUCUCUUAAAAUUCACCAACUCUUAAUAUUUAUUUGAAAAAUUUCUGUCUUUUUUUCUUUUACUAACAGUUAUAGGUUACAAACUGAAAUUAGGGACCAAUGUUAUUUUCUGGUUUCAAUUCUAUUUGUUUUCUAACCAUGGUUGUUUAUAACCGUUGUUUGAUACUUCCCUUUACAUUCCCGUGACCUUGUAACAAAUGAACAUAACUAUCUUAGGCAGAGGAAACAAGCAAAACUCUACAUUCUUAAAAUAAAAAGUUUAGGGAGGCAUAUUUUACUUUUUUAUGUGUUCUUUCUGAUUGGUCCAAGGACCUAAAUUCUAUCUGGCAUAAAUAAUAGCCUCAGCGAUGUAUCUUACAUCUCACUGGGUAAAAUGAUAUGUUUUUGUUCUUUAUACAGGUGUUUAUCAUAAGUAGCUUAGGGUUUGAGAUGUGAACUUUCCGUGUUUAUGUUCUAUAAGUGCCAGGCUAUUUACAGUCUAAACUUUCCUUUUGAAUGUCUUUAUUUAAAAACGUUUUGUUUAGUAUAGAAAGUUAAAUGUAUACUAAAAUAUUUUCCUCUAACUUUCAAUUAUUAGGGGCCUAAAGGUUAAUAAAAUUCUCUUAAUAAAUUAUAUUAUACAUUUGACAAGGAAAGAUUUGUUUAAGGAGAAGAUGAACCUUGGUGGGUUUCGUUUUCAAAUUCGUGCACUUGCUGGAUUUCCAGUGCUGAGGCUAACCUAUUUUAACUUUUCUUUUUCAUUGAUUCAUCUGUUGGCACUAUUUUGAUAUAUCAUCAAUUGAUAUACAGAGUUGUCCAAAGAAGUCUUUGUCAUCUAACCUUAGUAGACCAACAAACCUUUUCAUCAAUAUCAAAUUAUGAUUCUUCUGCUUAUGAAUGGUUGACAUCUACAAAUUGAAAAUGCCUAUUUGUUGCUCCUCUCAGUUUUC